AUGGCGGAUUCAACAUACAUCAAGCAAGAACCAUACAUCAAGCCCGACCCGGACGCUGUUUCGGCCUCUCCUCUCGAUGAGGACGAUUUGUACGAAGAUGCCGGCGAUCUCGAGUUCUUCGACCCCAACAGCGAGCAGGGUGCCUUUGGCCAAGCAUACUUAGCCCGCGUCCCAAAAGACCUCUGGGAUGCCUGGGACAGUCUACCAGACGAUGCUGAGAUUGAGAUCGGAACAAUGCGACAGUGGGAUGUGGUUCGGCCCGAUGGCGCUGUCGAGCACCGGUUCAAGAUGCUUCUCAACUCGAACCGACCUGAACAUCAACUCAUGCCGAAGGAGUACGAUCUCGAAAUGGGCAAGGAACUUACGCGCAGCACUUUCGUGUUUUCCGAGGAGGAUCUGCCUGGCUUCAAGGCCAAGUCCAAAGCACGCAACGACGCCGCCAACGCAGGCAUACCGGCACGAUUCCUGCGCCCAAAGAACGAAAAGGUGGAAAAGAAGCCGUUCGAGAAGCGUGGCCGGUGGCAACCGUAUUACCGCAAGGCGAUCCCAAAUAACGCCGAAAGCCAGGCAAUCUUGCAGCGGAAGCAGUUGGAAGCGUUGAAGCCCAAACACACUCUCCAAAUCAUGGGGCAACGGGCGGCAAACAACGUCAUUCAACACGGUUCUGCCGCUGCUGUCGAGAAGUUCGGCUCCUUCAUUAAAACGACUGCUCCUAUGAAGGCCACAAAGCCGAAGAAGGCAGAAAACCGUUCGGCUCGUAUGUCUGAGGAGCAGCUUUUGGACGGUCUCAUGGAGGCUUUCAGAAAAUACGAGUACUGGAAGAUGUCUAUUCUGAAGGCAAGAUUUGACCAGCCCGAAGCCUUCUUGCGACAAACUUUGGAGAAGAUCGCGGUUCUCAAUCGGUCUGGCAUACACGCCAAUGAGUGGUCGCUGCAAGAGCAUAUGAAGAGCAUGGCUUCCGGUGCAACUAACGAAACAGCUCCAGAGGAGGCAGCAGCCGAUGACGAUGACGAUGAGAUGGUCAUGGAGGAUGUUGUGCCUGGUGCUUGA